CCUUUCCCAAGAAGAAAGGGCUCCGUCUAUAAACUCGGUCGCUUCUGAACCGACUACCCCAAAUUUUCCCGAUUUUAUCCCCACCUCUCUCUCUCCUCAGAGCCCUAGCCGAAGCUCGGCACUUUCCGAUCCAAGGUCGACACUCUCCGAUCUCACUCGCCGCCGUCAUGUCUCAGGUGGAUAACAGAAACUCUUCUGCGGCCAAGCGAGCUCGAACUGAUGGCGGCCGCAGGGAAGAUGAUUGGACCUGCCCUAGCUGUGGCAAUGUCAACUUUUCAUUUAGGACGACUUGCAACAUGCGGAACUGCACUCAGUCUAGGCCAGCAGAUCACAACUCAAAAUUUGCUGCAAAACCCAUGCAACCCAUGCAUGGCUACUCGUCCCCAGCUCCCUAUGUAGGCUCUGGUGCGCCCUCAUCAAUGUAUAUGGGAGUGCAACCUUAUGGCUCUUCUCUCUUCAAUGGAUCAUCUAUGCCUCCUUAUGAUGUUCCAUUUUCUGGGGGCUCUGCUUAUCCUUACAACUACGGCAGCCGCUAUUCUGGAGGCAGCCCAUACAGAUCCCUGCAUCUAUCUGGUCCAACACCUUAUUCAAGUGGAUCUAUGAUUGGAAAUGGUGGGAUGUAUGGCAUGCCACCCCUGAUGGACCGUUAUGGCUUGGCUGUGCCCAUGGCUCACCCUGGGAUGGGCCCAAGGCCUGGGUUCUUUCCAGAAGAUAAACCUCAAAAGAAAGAUGUAACACGUGAUAAUGACUGGACUUGUCCAAAGUGUGGAAAUGUCAACUUUUCAUUCAGAACAGUUUGUAACAUGAGGAAAUGCAAUACUCCAAAGCCUGAACCCCAGGCCCCGAAGUCCGAUAAGGGUUCAAAACAUAAGAUGCCGGAGGGGAGCUGGAAGUGUGGAAAAUGCAACAACAUAAAUUACCCCUUUAGGACCAAGUGUAACAGGCAAAACUGUGGGGCUGAUAAACCAUCUGAUGGCGAUCAAUCACCUUCUGAACCAGCUGAUGAAAAUGAUCAGUGAGUUCUAGGACAUGUUUUGAGAAGGUUCAGAGUUGUCGUCCAGCAUUGCUCAGUAUGGUCAAAGUCAGUCAUGUCUUCAUGUUGCAGCAGUUGUUGAGUUUCUCUGCCUUUCUCAUGAUGUGUGUCCAGUGUUGUAUUAAACCAGUACGGUAUUGUGGUUUUUUUUUUUUUUGAAGGGCCGGUAUUGUGGCCCUUAUGGAGAUGCUUAUUCAGAUGCUUUAUUGUGUCUGCCAAUUUUUCUUGCUAGGUUUCGGUGACUUUCCGAUAGGAUUUUGUGCUACUUUUAUGUUUCUGUUCUAGUGGGUAUGUUAAACAUACAUUUGAGCUAUGCUAAUAAGUUGUAAGGUCUUACUGC